CUGCCUCCUCCUCCUCCUCCUCCUCCUCCUCUUCACAGCGUUGGUCGCCAUCCAUCCCCUCUCCUCCUGUACCAUAACAGAUGGUGGGAACAACACUGCAUCCACCGGGUACCACAACAAUAGACCGCAGCAUCCAGUCCAGACAACGCUGGCCCUGCACCAUCAUGCUCCCAGUGCAGGACUGCGUGAGGCUCUGAGUGCCGACGUGAUUCAUUUCACGCGGUACCGCCACCACCACCACCACGGCCACGGAGGAACCUUCUUGCGACUGUUUGGGCUCUCCAUCGAGCGGGGAAGAUGGCCGCUAUGAAAAUGUUAACAGGCACAGGGCUCUUCUUGGCUUUCUGUGCGCUCGGGCUGCUCGCUAUGGCGAUUUGCACCGAUUAUUGGUACGAGACCGACGCGAGGAGACAUCGAGAUAGGUGUAAAAACUAUGCCAACAAGCGAAACGACCCAGGGUUCAUCUACAUUUCAAACCACAACCUCCCCCUCCAGAUGCCUCCAAAGAGCCUGGAGAGGAAAGGUAACGGCCCAGAUGCUGCUGCGCUCAUCAGGGGGAAGCGGCACUUUCUGGCCGCGGCGUCUGCCAUGGAGUCUCACUGCAAUCGGCAGUUUAACUCCACCAUCUCCGGGCUUUGGAGGAAGUGUCACCGGGAGGGCUUCGACCUGGAGACCGAGGACCUUAUUUACAAAGGAAUAAUUCAAAGAUGUACCCCAGUCAAGUAUCACUACUCUUCGUCCAUCCUCCCACGAAAUUUACCCAUCAACAUCACAAAGACCAUACGACAGGAUGAGUGGCAUGCACUCCAUUUAAGAAGAAUGACGGCUGGCUUUGUGGGCAUGGCCGUGUCCAUCAUUCUUUUUGGCUGGAUCAUUGGAGUGCUGGGAUGCUGCCAGCAGCAUGACCUCAUGCAAUAUGUAGCUGGGCUACUCUUUCUCAUGGGAGGAACAUGCUGCAUCAUCUCCUUGUGCACAUGUGUGGCAGGAAUCAACUUUGAGUUAUCCCGCUACCCCCGCAACAUGUACGGCCUCCCUGAGGACAUUAGCCAUGGCUAUGGCUGGUCUAUGUUUUGUGCCUGGGGGGGCCUCGGUCUCACAUUGCUGGCUGGCUUCCUCUGCACCUUGGCCCCCUCCCUGAGCACACCCGCUCGCACAACAACCCACAAGCCGAGGCAGGAGAAUGGAACCGUGUGACAGAGGCGUCGUGAGGCGACUGACCCACCGAACGCACAAAUCACACCCUUCCUUGAUGUUUAACUCUGAUCUGUCUGAUCACCGUCUCACACCACCCUCGACAUCUCCAUACCCCCUUCAGUGUUCAGUGUGCCUGAGAAGGAGCAAUGUAAACGACAAACUUCACACACCUAAUCUCGAAAAAUCCCUCCAGGAACACCAAGAGUAACACCCACAGUAACGUAUGUCUGGGGCAUAGCUCUCAUAGCACAAAUAAGACAUUUUUUUGGUUCAGAUGUUUGACAUGCUGAUUUUAUGGCGAUCAAAAGAUGACUGUUUUCUCUGAAGAGAAUUUGUCUUAAAAUGGUGCUCUCUUAAACACACAAAGGCACAUACACUCCCACACAGCACACACACACAGCACACACACACAGCACACACACACAGCACACACACGCUUUUCCACACAUGCACAAUUACUCCGGAUGUAUCAUGGGAGAAACACACAAACAUCAAGCCAGAGCAUCAUGUCAGCGUUCCUCUUUCAGUCGAGUGAUGUGUGCUGUGUUAUUGUUCAUAAUGAAAAAAGAAAAAAAAAAUCUGGCAUUGACUGCCCAUUGCUUAUCUUUAGUGUAACACACUAACUGAUAUUGAACAUGAGCCCCGGGGGUGACAUCUGCAGCCUCUGCAGAGCACAAAAUGCAUUGAGCAGCGUGGUCAGUACGAUAAAAAUACACAGAAGUUAAUCAGCAUUGAAGCAAAUCGUUCGAUGCUUCUUUAAAGAUUCUAUAUGUACAAAUGCAUCUCUAUGUAGAUCCAGAUCAUCGUUUGUGUAAAGUAGAUUUUGAAUAAGACUGUUUUGUUUUCUGUUUGUUUAGAGAUAAUGAUGGUUGGCAGUAUGGGCAGGAUAAAAAGUUACAGGGUGGUGCUGGGAGCAUGGAUCCAUUAUUGGAUUCAGCAGUGUAAAGGUAUUUUAUGGUACCAAACUGACAGACCCGACCUGGCUGUUUACUGAGAGCAAAUCCAAGAAACCAAACUGUGGAGGAAGUAUUAGAUUGCUUCAUUGUUUACCCUCAAUACUGGUCAGCCUCUUCUUGUGUAAUACAAACAAGUUAAGCAAUUUCAGGAGGAGAAAAAAAAAUGCAACUUCAGUGAUCUCACUAAACAUAAAAGCACAAGCUGUGUUCCAAAUCCUCACAAUACAUCGUCAUUGGUAGGAGGGGAAAUCACGUCUUUACUGAGAUCUGGCUCUGUAACAGCUGAAACAUUAAAAUGAGGAUAUGGAAGAUGAUUUACUGUAUGUAAUGGACAUCAUUGUCUCACAAUGCAAUGCACAAUGGAAAGCGAGGGGCUGUUCAUUUAUAUUUAAGAUAUGGACGUUGGUUCAACGUCGUCUUGGAAAACAAAACAAAACAAAAAAAAAACAAGAAGUAAAGAUGAAGUAAUAAAUCUAUAAAUCAUGUUUGAUUCUAAAGUUUUAAAGACUGACACAUUCCAUAUUCACAGUUUGAUUGACGUGGGACACAUCUUUUAUCAUUUCUUGAUCAGCAAAACACAUUUAUUGUGUACUAACUUACAAAAUGGUACAUUGUAUAUUAUGUAGUAGGCGAUAGGAACAUCCAUUUCUCUCUCACUCAAUCGGAUUAAAAAUACCUCCAAAUCUGGUGUGGAAAAAAGCACAAAUCAUCAUUUAGAACGGCUCUCGACUGCAGUGAUGUUAAUUUAAAGCUGUAUUCCAAAUACAUGCUGCAAACUCAUUUUGUACAAAAUGGAGAUAUGCCUAAAAUCACAAGCGUCCAUCCUAAAAUGGCUUCAUGUGUUAAUGGACACUAUUGACCAAUAAUGAUAAAGGCUGCUACAUUUUUUCUUUAUACUGACAACAGAUACAUUUGAGUAAAAAUAAAGUAAUACAUCUUUGAAAAGACAUUUUUGAUUCGAAUUGGAACAGUUGGAUUGAUGUUUGGUUCACAUCUUGAAAUUUGUGUCAUUAUUACAAAAAAGUGAAGUAUACCACGCCUGUGUAACAAAACUGUAUACUUCAUAGAUGGAAUGGGGCUAUAUGAAAGAUUUUGAGUGUAGCAGGUUGGACUGUAGAAAAGGAGAAAUUAUUCUCUUGGUGACACUUGUGUUGAUAAUAAUAACACAGCAGCCACUUUUCUGUUACACAGUUUUUGUUUCCCCCAAUCAUAUAAACUAAUUUAUUUUUAAAUUUCAGCUCACUACAACUUCAUGAUACGAGAAUAUUACAGCCAUGUGUGAAGUUUUUAUAAAUGUUGGAGAUGAGUCAUGAGAUAUA